AUGGAUUCGCUCCUACAAUCAACUGUGGUUAGGAACUCAUUAUCUCCAACCGUUCAUGCGCAAGAAUGUAUUUCAUAUAUUCAUGAUGAUGAUGGCAGCUCACAUCGCACGGAUAGUCAUUUUCAGCAACAGCUGCGGACAUCGUCCUACAGUAGCACACCACCACGUCCACAACGUCUUAGUCUACAUGUGGACACUCCUGAUGAAAUUAUUACAGAAAUACAUCGACAGAACGGUGUGUAUGAGGGUAAUGUUGCCUAUGUAAAGCCAAUCACGCGCCAGGUCAUCUCACCGGCUGAAGGACCAGUAAAGUUUCAAAGUGGUCAAGACGAGUUUUUAAUCUUUGGCACUUCCCGAAGACUUCGCAGCGAGUUCUACGACGAAGCUUUAAAAAGGGAGGAGCUUCGGUUAAGAGAGCAAAAUAUUGCAGAGCGCGAGGCUCAGUUGCAGCAGCGGAUAGAAGAGGAAGAGGAAAAAAGACGACUGGAGCAACUAGAACUUAUGGAGCGGAUGGAAGAAAGAGCAUAUAUUGACGACGGUGGCGAUGAGUAUGACGAAGAGAUAAUUGAAGAUACCAUUACUACACGACGAAAGCCUCAAAUUCAAGCUGAAAUCGCACCGCUCAGUCGCCAGACUCCCAUAUUGACGAAAGUGACACGUUCAGUUGGUGUUGGUGACUCGGACGUAAACCAGUACUUCCUUCUCGACACUGGUUCUCGCUCUGUGAAUCCUGCCGACUUUCCGCCUAUUUAUUGGGAAAGACUUAGCCGUUACUUUUCUGAGGAGAUCAAGCGUAAACGCCCUACCUGUAGAGAUGCUGCAGCACAACUCACGCCUUCAAAACAACGUAACGUAUCUCAGGCUGCUUACACUAAGAGGUCUCCUCUUUUGCGCAACUUUGGGGUGUGUGUAAAACCAAUAACUUCCACAAGGGGGUUUACAACAGAUCCUUCUCAUUCGCCAGACAAAAGAAAUUCCGCGUGUAUGACAGACGAUUUAGACGAGUAUUUUGCCCGUCUUCUAAGAUCUAUCUGUGCAGAUUAUCCAAAUGCUGAUCGAACUUUUAUCAAAAGCCUCUAUCGUUACAGUCGUACCGAUAUAUCUCUUUUUAUUCGUCGCCUUGUUGAACGUCUUGAGGAGCUGAGACAAGCAGAGGUGACGUCAGUACCAACGGUGAUGACAGCUGCGCCACCGAAACCACAAACAUUUUCAGUUGGCUUGGACGUUCGUCCUCUUAUGGUGAACAAGCGAACAGCUUCCGAACCUCCACGCAGUAACCUGGGGAUUAAUACGGACUUGGUGAUUUAUCGCUCUCAGGGUGUAUCGCACACUCCAACACCGACGGAUAAGUCACCAGUGAUGUCGGACUUCGGUGGAUCUACAGAGUGUUUCUUCAGACGCGUGGAGACAGGGAGCCAAGCAACGCUGACCGAACCCCGGACGUUCUCACCAUCACUCUCAACUCCACGUUCUUCCGCGACCACAGAAGCAUCUAGCAGGAAGGUGACGACAUAUAGGAUCAAACGCAUUGCUGGGCACGUAGAUAAGGAGGGAAAGGUUUCCUCAAAAACCUUUGAAACUAGCGGUGAGGGAAAGCCUCCGCCAAGCGCGCUCAUCGAUUCUCUUAGUGCUGUCCUGAAGGACUCGAAAAAGUUUCAGGAGGAGACGUCGAGUCAUCCAGCCGUGACACCAGACUCGCAGAAGCGUUACAUGUCUGAAAACGUCAUGGUUGAGACUUGGUUCGAUAAAGAAUCUCCUAAGCGUAGCAUGAGUCCACUGCCACGUAGCUCAUCGCCCAAGGCUACAAGUUCUCCAUUGCUUCCAUUGGAACGUCCCCAACCGUCAUUCUCUCGAACUGUUGAGGUGGGGCGUUCACCAACCUUUACACCUCCAGAAGAUUCUGAUUCGAUGUCUACCCUACAUCACCAGCAGUUCCGCCGAACACCAGUUGCAAGGACAAUGAGCCCCGGAUUAGGAAAUACUACUGUAUAUCGAGCCAACUCUCCAAAUAUUCCUCUUCGAAAUUACACAUACAAGGUCACCACAGAGUUGCGAAAGGCAGUGGAGGCGCUCAGCAGUUUCUACUUGUCCUCUUCUGGCGGUGCGCUGACAGAUGAUUUGCAAGAACACUUGGAUACAGUGCGCAAAUCCUGGUUCGAUAUGGUGAGCCAAACACACAUUGAUCUCGAGCAGAUGGAGGAUUUGUUUGCCUUCCUCUACAACAGUGCUCCUCAGCUUCUCUACUUGUUCAUACGAAUGCCUACAACCCGGGGUUCCACAUGUCUUCAUUACGCUGUGGGUCAUGGCGCCUGGCGUGUUGUCUCACUGAUUCUUAAUACGGGAUACGCUGAUGCUAACAAGAAGAAUGCAUUUGGCUUCUCUCCUAUUAUGAUCGCCGCCAUCAGCGAUGUGAGUAUUAUGGACUGA